UUAAUUACCCUAUUAUUAUUCCCGUCAAGGAAUCCACUCAACUUCCCGGCAUCACCCACUCCUUCUCCAUUCCUAUUUCCUCGUUAACCUCCUCACUUCCCGGCAUCACCGUCACGGAGUUUGUUAGUUCAAUUAGGGUUUCGGAAACAGUUCAAUGGACGCAGCUCUUGGAGUUGCGUUUCAAGAACUCUUCACAGCUGUUAAGUUUGUCGUCGUAAGGGCCGCGAAAUUCAAGUCCAUCCUCAAGGAAAUUGAAUUCACCUUGAAUCGUAUAACCCCAAUGAUCGAAGACAUUGAGCAGCUGAGCAGAAAACUGGACAUAUCGCAAGAGGAUAUGGAAAUGUUCACCUCUCGGUUAAUUGAAGCCCGAGAGGUUGUGGUUAAAUGUCGCAAGGUACAGUGGUGGCACUUUUGCGCGAGGCCUUACUAUGCGCAGAAGCUGAUGGAAUUGCAAGAUUCGCUCUUGAAGUUCUUUCAGAUCGAAGCUCAAGGCGAUAUGUGGAGAGACAGCAAGAAGAGUUUGGUGAUUUUGCACGAGAUAAGCUCGAAAUUGGAUCGGACAGGGACGAUGGGAGGGAUGGGUGGAGCGAAUCGAUUUCCUGGUAGGUGUGGGGUUCCCGGAGCUCGCGGUUUUGUUUUCGGGUUCAAAGAGCCACUUCAGGUGUUAAAGGCGCGGCUUCUCAAGGAUGAAGAACAGUUGGUGGUGCUUUCGGGCCCUGGAGGGUGCGGGAAGACUACCUUGGCGAAAUUGCUCUGCCAAGAUGAUGAAAUUAAAGACAAAUUCAAGGACAAUAUGUUCUUCUUCCCCUUUUCGAAGAAACCAAACCCUGAGGAUAUAGUUGGGAAGCUGCUUCAACACAUGGAUGGUCAAGUGCCCAACUUUCCAACUGAGGAAGAUGCUUUUAACCAAUUGGAAUACAUGCUGGUGGAAAAAGGAUCUGAUCCCAUACUGUUGGUCUUGGAUGAUGUGUGGCCAGGGUCCGAAGACCAUAUUGAGAGAUUCAAAUUCCGAAUACCAAAUUACCAGAUUUUGGUUACUUCACGAUCGGUAUUUCCAGUAUUUUCUACUUCUACGUAUAGAUUGGAAUUGUUAAAACAUAAAGAUGCCCGGGAUCUUUUCCAUCGUUGGGCCUUUCCAAAUGGGGACUCCUCCAUACCAAUUGAUCUUGUGAACAAGAUUGUGAGAGGCUGUGGGGGUUUACCUUUGGCACUUGAAGUGUUUGGCGGAUCACUCUGUGGACAACCAGAGGUGACCUGGAAGCGUACAGUGGAGCAGUGGUCUAAGGAAAAAUCAGCUCUCCCUCCUUAUGAGAAACUGCUUAAUCUUCUCAAAACUAGCUUUGAUGCCUUGGAUAAUUUGUAUAAGAUAAAGGAUUGUUACCAGGACUUGGCUUCCUUUCCUGAGGAUCAGAGAAUCUCUGUUGCAGCUCUUAUAGAUAUGUGGGUGGAACUCUAUAACCUAAAAGAAGAUGGUGAGGAUGCCAUGGCCAACCUCCAUGAACUGUCAAAUCGGAAUAUGGUGAAUCUUUUAUUUCCAAGGAAAGAUGCAAGUGACACCGGCUACUACAAUGAGCAUUUUGUCACACAGCAUGAUCUCCUUAGAGAGCUAGCCAUGUAUGUGAAUGAACAAAGCGAAAGAUUAAUAAUGGACAUGAGAUCCGAUGAUCUCCCUGCCUCAUGGAUAGAACAAAGACAGCAUCCUGUCCAUGCCCGCCUUGUAUCUAUAUCCACAGGUGAAAAUUUCUCAAACUGCUAUGACUUGCAACUACCUAAGGCCGAAGUGUUAGUGCUGAACAUCCAUGCAAGGGGUUCCUUGCCUCAGUUCCCCUUGCCUCCGUUCGUGGAGAAAAUGGAUCAACUAAAGAAAUUAUCCCUAGUUAUGUGCAGGAUUGAUGAGGCUUUUCGAAGCUACGGCUUCCAGAUACCUGAUCCAUGGCCAAAUCUAGCUGAGAUCAUUAUUGACUACUGCAGUGAUUUGGUGGAAUUUCCAGCAUGGCUCUGCAAUGUCAUCAGUCUUCGGAAGCUCAGUAUCACCAACUGUCAUGAGCUUAUCGCACUUCCUGAAGUGUUAGGGAAGCUGGAAAAUUUAGAAGUAUUGAGACUUGAGGCCUGUACAAAACUGAUGAAGCUGCCUCAGUCAAUUGGAAGCCUGAAGAGGUUAGAAUUUCUUGAUUUAACCGACUGCAUGAGCUUGUGUGAAGUGCCAGAACGAGUGGGUGAAUUAUGCAGCCUAGGAAAGAUCCACAUGAGAGGUUGCCGGGGAUUGUCCGAGUUGCCACCGUCCGUAAAGGAUCUUACUCACUUAAAGGAUCUGAUAUGCGAUGAAGAAACCUCCUACCUGUGGGAGCAUCACCAAUCUGGAGUUAAAGGUGCUUAA